UACAUUGGUAGCAAAAGGAGGGGCAACUUCCUGAUGUUUCUUGUUUCUACCAUGUACCAGCUAGCUUGAUCUCUAUCAUACUACGUACGUAUGUACAGCUACAAUAGUGUUCUUCAAGAUGGAAAAAGAAGCAAUGGUUAUUUUGGGACAAAACAAGAGGAAGGUUCAGUACCGUGCUGGCUGCUGCCUCAAUGACUUGAUCAAAGCAGUAGAAAAGAAGUUUUCCAAUGUCCUUGCUGAAAACAACCAGAGAGUCUUCCUAUUGCAGCAAUGGAACAAUGACUAUAAGGAGUAUGAAGACAUAUGCGACGAGCAGCCUGACAUUCCAGACAAGUCCAAGAUAAUGGCGAAGACGCGUGCAAGGGAGCCUGUCCCUGUUGAGGCUAAACAGAGAAAGGAGCCUGUCAGUGCUGACCCUAAGGAGACUAAGGAGACAAAGGAGCCUGUCAGUGCUGACCCUAAGGAGACAAAGGAGCUCUUGACUGAGGUUGCAAAGGAGCCUGCUAGUACUGAGGCUGUCCCUGAUGGUCAACCACCAAAAGCUGAAGAGAGUACUGACAAUGGGGAAACCCCAAAAUAUCCUAUUUGCACUGGUGCCCCUGAAAAAGACGAUCUUAAAUCGAAGGAAGUUAUUGAGACUUCUAACGGUGGGGCUGCUGCACAUGUUUCUCGAAAGAAAAUCUGGGAGGGCAGAGAAGCACUCAAAGUGUACUUCAUGAAUCCCGAUGAGCUUGACGGCUGGAAAAGCCGUGGAGAGCCCAUGAACAUGAGCACUGUGCUGGCUUGGGCACGGGUGUGGAAUGUGCCUUUCUUCAGCGAUACCAUCCCUUACCUCUCUUGGACAGAGGUUGCCGAAAAGGCCGACAUACGAGUGAUUUUUUCACAGACGGAAGGGAACUGGUCGAUGGUGGGUAGGGAUGCCGAGACUGUCACUGAUAAGAGCAAGCCGACCAUGGUGCUGAAUCUCCUGAGCCAUCCAGCAAUUCUCCAAGAGAGUCUGGUCAUCCACGAGUUUGGGCAUGCCCUGGGACUGGAGCACGAACACCAGCGUUCAGACUUCUGGGACGUGGUCGGGAAACACAUUGACAUGGAUGCAAUGAAAGGUGACACCUUUGUGAACCCUCGUCAAGAAAGUGAUGGUGGGAAAUCGUUUGGAAAAGAUUGGUUCAAAGAUACGAAGGCACUUGAAGAAAAGAAGGGAUGUCCUGAGGGUAGCAUGCCUGAAUAUGACCCUGACAGCAUCAUGCAUUACUGGUUCAAAGUAGACUGGAUACAAGACGAAUCACAUCGUUCAGAAGAAUCCAUUGAGAGUGACACUUCACUGACUACCAAAGAGAAGAAGUAUCUCAAGGGCAUUGUUAAGAGAAGCCAGGGAGGCCAACUACUCAAACACCCUUCAAAGAAUGACUACAAGGCACUAGUGGAGGCUUAUGGCAAGAAGUUCAUUGCUCCUGAGAAUUUCGAUACUACAAUAACUCGAAAAGAAAAGUCUACUAUUGGUGGAGAUGGUAUUCUGAGAGUCGAUGUUAAUUUUCGACGUAUCAGGGCUGUUACUUGGGAGGUUCGGAGCUUAUGGCGACAAAUAGGGGAAGAGUUGGGGCUUACAGAAGGUGACGUCGAUGCAAUCGAUGCUAACCAUCACAAAGUGGAAGACAAGUAUGGGGACGUUCUGAAAAAGUGGAUGCACACAGGCAAGGCAAAGACAGACCAGCUGAUUGAUGCUCUCAGAUCACCUACUGUGAAGAGGGCCGACAUUGCUGAUAUGAUUACUGCUUCGACUGGUGAAAAAAGAAAGACUCUUGGACUUCCCAUUCCAUGAACAUUGCUAGCGCUGUGCCUAAUUUUUUUGUUUAUUACCUGCAUUCUGUGCGCUAAUAGGAUUCAUACUCUG